UCCCGCCCGCGCCCCGACGCCCCAGCCAUGCUGACGGCCGCCCUGCUCCUGGUGCUGGUGCUGCUGGCCCUGGCCGUGCUGGGGGGCGGGCGGGGGGCUCGUAGGGGGGGCGGCUUGAGCGCCCUGCCCGGCCCCUGGGCCCUGCCCCUGGUGGGGGGGCUGCCCCACAUGCUGCACCCCGAGCUGCCCCUGCACCUGCUGGAGCUUGCCCGGCGCUAUGGGCCCGUCUACCGGCUCCGCUUCGGGCCCAAGGACGUGGUGGUGCUGAACAGCGUGGAGUCCAUCCGCCAGGCACUGACGCAGAAAUGGUCCGAUUUCGCCGGGCGCCCCCCCAGCUUCGUCGCGGAUCUCAUCUCCCUGGGGGGCCACGAUCUGUCCCUGGGCGACUUCACCCCUAGCUGGCGGCUGCAGCGCAAAGCGGCUCAUUCGGCCCUGGCCCGCGCCCAGCGCCUGCAGCUGGACCCGGUGCUGGGGGCGCAGGCGGCCGCGCUCUGCCAGUGGGGUUUGGGGGUCCUCAUUCCUUCCCCUCACCCCUGCUUCCCCCCAGGAGUCGCUGCGCCCCGAGUGUGCCCGGGACAUGGUGGAUCACAUGCUGCAGCUGCUGGGGGAGCGGCGGGGGCCGGGGGGGAUCCCGCGGCCGAGGGGGGCCUCACCCUGGAGCACGUGCACAUGGCGCUCGUCGACCUCUUCAUCGGGGGCACCGAGACCACGGCCGCCCUGCUCACCUGGGCUGUGGCCUUCCUGCUUCACCACCCCCAGGUCCAGGACGGGAUCCACGCGGAGCUGCAUCGGGUGCUGGGCCCCGAGCGCCCCCCCAGCUAUGGGGACCGGGACCGGCUGCCCCUGCUCAGUGCCACCAUCUCCGAGACGCUGCGUCUGCGCCCCGUGGCGCCCCUCGCCUUGCCCCACAGCACCACGCGGGACACCAGCCUCUUGGGCUUCACCAUCCCCAAGGGCACGACCGUGAUCCCCAACCUCUUCGCCGCCCACCACGACGAGGGCACCUGGAGCCGCCCGCUGGAGUUCAGGCCAGAGCGGUUCCUGGAGGCGGACGACCCCCGGCUGGCCCAGCGCAACCUGCUGCCCUUCAGCUGUGGGGCCCGGGCCUGCCUGGGGGAGACCCUGGCCCGGGCCGAGAUCUUUGUCUUCCUCGGGCACGUCCUGCGCGAGUUCCGGCUGGAGCCACCUGCGCCCGGCGCCCUCCCGGCCCUGCGGGGCGUGUACGGCACCGUGAUGCGGUGCCCCCCCUUCCGCGUCCGCUUCCUGCCCUGGGGACCCCCCAUAGUCCCCCUGAGCCCCCCCCGUGACCCCAUAGUGCCCCCCAGUGCCCUUCCGUGUCCGCUUCCUGCCCCUGGGGGCCCCCCCAUAGUCCCCCAGUGCCCCCAUAGCCCCCCCACGUGCCCUUCCAUGUCCGCUUCCUGCCCUGGGGCCCCCUAUAGCCCCUAGUGACCCCAUAGCCCCCCCAGUGCCCUUCCAUAUCCGCUUCCUGCCCUGGGGCCCCCUAUAGCCCCUAGUGACCCCAUAGCCCCCCUUCCUGAGACCCCCCGCCACCCCUGCUGAGACUCCUGUGACACCCUGUCACUCCAAGCAGCGCCCUGUACCCCCGUAUCCGUCACGUCUCACACCCAGCGCCCGGGAGCUGCUGAGACCCGCUGGCCUGGGCAGCGUUGGGGUGCAGGGAGUUAUGGGGGGGGUCACUGGGGCCGGCGAGUGGGGGAGCUGGAAUCCGGGAUUUGCAAUUCCCUGACGCUGCCCAAGCCCCACGCGCCGCGGCUGCUCUGUGACCCGGGUGCACACGGCCACGCGGGGGAUCGCCCGGCCCCGGGACCCAGCAACGCCCAGAGGGACGUCUGGGCAAGUGUCGUAGGCACAGGGACCGAGGGCAGAAACUCGGGGACGGGGCCCCCCGCUCUGGCCUUUCUGCUCCCCCAGCCCCGCGGGAAGCAACCCGGACGCUGGGAAGACAGAGCCACGCACGGAGGAGACUGGUCCUAGGGUGCAGGGAGCGGCCCGGGCGCUACGAACUGUCGCCUCCCGCGGGGGAGAAACCCGCUGAGCUGAACCCCGGCUGGCGGGAGGAGGGGUCGGAUUCAGCCUGUGGCUCCCCCGUAACGAGCUCGGCCCCCGGUGCCAUCCCUGGCUGAGCCCGGCCCGGCGAGCUCUGGAGUUAAUAAACCUCUGUUCUGCUGUCCCUCGACCAGGGGGUUUGCUCGGGGAUCUCGGCUCCCAAAAAAAGGCUGGGCCGUGUCCUCCCCACAACAAGGGGGGCGGGCGGGUAAUGAACUCACGCUGGGCAGGCUCGGGGGGCAAGGCCGGGGCUGGGUCUGGGUGUGAAUCGGGAGCGGCUGGAGCCGGGUGUGGGGCUCCCCGUGGGGCUGAGUGAUCACAGCACCCGGAGGGGUUUGCUGCAGGUCACUGGCUUGGCUCUGGGAGAGACGGCCCAGGCUGGGGAGUGAAGGGGGCCCAGCGGUGCCACGGUCCCAGGCUGCACCCCGGGGAUCCCCCCACAGCCCCAAACCCCCUAGUGACCCCGUAACUCCCAGCGACCUCCCCACCACCCCAGCCACCAUCCCCCCAGUGACCCUCUUGCCACCCUGAACCCCGCACCGAACCACCACUAGCCCCCAUUGUAGCCCCAUCCACUCUGUACCCCAGGGACCCCCUGAAACCCCUCAUAUUCCCCACCCCCCACACACACCUGCAUCCCUCCAGGCCAUGGGGAGCGCCUCCGUCCUCCCCCGCCCCUCACCCAUCCCCCGCCCCAACAGUUUCUCACCCGCUGGGUUUUUUGGGGAACAUUUUCAGCUGUUUUUUUAUAUAUAAACUAUAUUGCUCAAUAGACUCUGUACAGCCCCCUGCAAACCCCCUUAACUCUGCCCUCCCCAGAUUUCCCCGCAAACCCCCUUAACUCUGCCCCCCAGCGUCCUUGCCCGUCCAGGCUGUUUCAAUCAGAAGAAAGGUGCUUUGGGUCCA